GACCCCUAUGCUGAUUUGGAGCCUGCCCUGAAGGUGCAUGCGGCAGCGUGCAACAAUGACAUCAAGAUGCUGGAGAAGCUUGCAGAGGCGGGCGUUGACUUCAACACUCCCCGCCCGCAGGACGGCUACUAUGCACUUGAUGCGUGCGCAUGGUCAGGCAACUUUGACUCCAUAAACAUGCUGAUUCGACAUGGAGCAGAUGCCUCGAUCACUUUGCAGGCUGUGGUCGGCGCAGCUUCCUGGGGGAGUCCUGAAAUGUUGGAGGCACUCAUCAGUGCUGGUGGCCCGAUAAACCAGGAGCUUUGUUCAGAGAGUGCGCUACGCUGGGCGGUGCAGUUUGGCCAUGAGGACUGUGCAAUCCUGUUGGUUAAGAAGGGCGCGUGGAAGCUGGAGCCCAACCAGGAAAUUCUCCUUCUGCGGGCCAAAGGCAAGAGGAUGCGCCAGCUAUUGGAGUGCAUUGCGCAGCUUGAUCCCGACCGCGCUGCAGAUUGCGCAGACUUGCAAAGCACACGGUAUGCCAUCCAAGGCUGUAAGGUACAAAGCAUUGCCAUCAUGAAAGGUUUCACCACGUUUUUCGAUGCCAAGCGUACAGGAUUCGGCGGUUUCGCCGCGGGCUUCGCGGCGGGUGCCGCUGCAGCUGCGGCGGGCCGGGGGGAAGCCGUGCCGCAAGGCGGCGUCGCUGGCUUCUCCUCGUGGCUUUUGAUGAUGGCGCAGAGCCUUUUCGAUGUGAGCACUGAUGAUGUCGUGCGCCGUCUGAAGCUGAUCGUGCCAUAUCCAGCACCAGAUGGCUCCGCUGCAGAGGAGCUCCGUGCACGACCAGACUUUUACGGCCCUUUCUGGGUUGCCACCACAGCAGUCCUCUUCCUGGCCGCCACCGGGAAUUUUGCUAGGCUGAUUGAAUCUCCACAUCCCAGCCUCUUCAAGGCGGACUAUAGCUUGGUGCCUUUGGCUGCCAGCAUCAUCUACGGGGGCCUUAUUGCAGUACCUCUGCUCGCGCGAGUGUCUGUAUUCUUCACAGAUGAAGAGGUGGCCAACAUCGACUUCAAGAAGAUUGUUUGCGUGUGUGGGUAUGGCCUUGCACCUGCAAUACCUGUGUCCAUACUGUGCAUCAUUCCGGUUGGGUUCCUACGAUGGCUCUUCGUAAUGGGAGGUCUUGCGCUGUCGCUCCUUUUCCUGAAGUCGAACUUGCUUCAGGAGAUUUCAGUCAAGGUGCGAUGGCUGCAACUGACGCUGCUGGCGUCUCCAGUUCUUCUGCAGGUACUGGUAUUCUUCGUCUACCGGGUACGCUUCUUCGCGGGUGACAGAGACUGAAUGCGAGCCAAGAAAGGGUCGGAAGAUCAAAGAGGCACAAAUUUGUCUUGAGCGCUCCCGCAAGCUUUCCAGAAACAUGCAAC